AUGAAGAUUGUGCGGCAAGGACGUUUCCUGCUUACGUCCCUUUUCAGAAAAUUUUCUUCUGGCCAGUAUCAACCUAGACCUUGGCCUAAGCUCGUUGAGAAAGAUCCGUUUGGGCUUCCACAUCCUCCUAAGAUUACACCCGAAGAACCGGGGGAGAAGUUUGCUGUGAAGUUGAUCAAGUUUGAUAAAGAUCAACAGGAUAAUGUCCUUAGAGAAGUUGCAUGGAUCAAAUCAACCGAAGAAGUGAGAUCAUUAAUGGACUUGGGUCUGAAACCAGCAGUAGAUAUUCUGGAGAACGUCCCGUCCGUGGUUAAACAAGGUAUCACAAAGGAAGAAGCUAAAGAAAUCAUUGCCAAGCUCGAAGCUGUUAGUGGAGAAGCUGUUAUGGUGCCAAUGGAGUCAUUUGGAGGAGUGAUGAUGAGUAACUUUAUUAUUCUACUUGUAUUUUGGUGUUUUUUCAUCACAUCAUAUUGGCACUUUGAAGUAGUAGAUGUUUUGUAA